CCACAUUUAAGGCUCUCAAGUAACACUAGUCUCAGUAUCACUGCCUGUCAGCUCCACACUAUGGCUGAUGUCCUCAAACAACAAGCUCUCAGGAAGGAACAAUGCAGCAAAGAUAAUGGAGUCAAAUCUGGUGCCUGUUUAGAGCACUCAAAACCCAUGAAGGCCUCCAGGGCUCACGAUGCACUUCACAAGGAACUGCUCCUGGCACAUAAGAAGGGUUUGGCUCUGAGCAGCAGAUCAGAACUUCAGCAGGUGCUUGAGAGGAGGAAAAGGGAACAGAGUUACCAGGAUGAGGAACAACAUAGUAGGACUCCUCUGGAGAAAGUCCUACUCAGACGUCAGCAGAAACAGCAUGAGAAAGAGAAAAAACAUGAUGAGGAGGUACGAGAGGAAUCCCAGCUGAUGGAGUUUGUUAGAGUCCGACAGAACUUAAGAAAGAUCCACUCCGUGGUCCAGGACAAGAAUGCAAACUCUUGA